AUUUCAUUCCACCGACUUCCUUUUUGGGACAUUUGAAAUUGCUCGACUUCUGGAGCUGGUUAAACUUUCGACUAGUCUGCUGGCCAACAGUUACUCGAAGAAUGUAUCUCUCUGCUGCCGCUCGGCCACAUGUUUCGAGCAGGCAUUGACGAAGCUUAGAUUUGAUUCUCUAUGAUAAUAGCUCGCUUACGUGUGGAGUCGUGUGUGGAGCGACAUAUUAUACUUAACUUUUCACGUUUCACGCCUUAGGCUCCACUCCUGUUCCAAGUCUUUGUACAGAAAUGGUGAAAGAUUCAAAGAACAACACUAUUAUCCCGUUUCAAGUUGCUGACCUUCCUGUAGAACUUAUCAGAGAGAUCCUUGAGUUUGCUGCAUUCUCUUGUAGCAAAACAUCACUCGCCCUGACUUUUGUGUCUUCAACGUUCAGAAGGUGGACUCUGCCCAUUCUCUACAGCACUGUCGUCCUUCGAACUGCUAGUGAUGUCAAAAGUUUCUUGCAUGCCCUGACAUCUUCCUACACGCCCAACUCUCCACUGAUACAUACUACCCCACUUUCUCAGAAUGUGAAGCAUCUUGCUAUCUUCGCACUUGGUCCCCUCCAAUUUAUCGAAAAAAUCAUUACGUGCUGCUCGAACGUGCAGAGUCUGGCGUGCGGGUUCUCCUUGACUAGCUAUGCCUCCAUCAGGCUAAAGCUGACUACUACCAUUAUUGUCGAAGUACCUCCUCAGACGCAAAUCAGAGAACGGCAUCUACUUGGACUGUCUUGUCGCGACUCAAUACCAUUUUCCCUGCUCAGCCAAGAUACCACUCAUCUACAUGUUCAGAUAUCCUCGCUGCAGGUCCUGCUGUCUCUUUUGCAAAUGCAUAAACAGCUACCAAUCCUGUCCCACUUGGCAUUGAGAAUACCAUCCACCUUACUUGCGACGCGUCACUCAGCCUCGCUCUUUUUUAAAAGUCUCCAAGAGUACAAUGGGAAUCUUCGUACGAUCCUCGUACUGAUCACAGAUCGCUCAGAAGCGUUCUUCGAUGAAUGGGAUGUCGCAAAGAGUAUGUUAGAUGCGAAAAUUGUAAUCGAACGGGCCUCGGGCUCAGCUAUUUCGCAAUGGGAAAAUCAAAGUGUGAUAGGCAAGGGCAGUCUAUGGGCUUCCGCCGAUGCUGAGGUGGAAAGAAGGAUGAGAAGUGACGGUGCUCGCCGCGAACGAAGCUUGAUUAUGACAUGAAAGAAAUACAGUUAGAUCUCCCAAAAGUACUGAUAUCCAUAUCCAUGUCUUUAUUUAUCACUUUGUGUGGUCUCGUACUUGGAUAGGAUAGGAAAGUUGAAUUGGUGUCGGGGUUCAGGCGGU